ACGCCCUCCUCUUCCACUGCAACACCCGUGACUCCUCUUUCCCUCUCCACUUGGAGAACAGACAACAGGAAAAGCCCCCCCACACUUCUCACACCCUCACCUGUUAUAAAUCCCAAUUCCCGAUGAAAAAGCAUCCCACGUUCCGCUGUCCCCGCGUCCUCCUCCUCCUCUCCAUGGCCACCCUCCUCUCCCUCCUCUUCCUCCUCGUACUCCUCCCGCCCUCCCCUUCCGCCGCCGCCGGCGCUUCCCUCUCCCAGCCGCCGUCUCAAGUCCGCCAGGCCUGCCGCGCCACCCGCUUCCCCUCCUCCUGCGAGUCCACUCUCACCAAGUCCCGCGACCUCACCCCCCUCGGCCUCACCCUCGCCUCCCUCUCCGUCUCCUCCGCCGCCCUCCCCACCGCCAGCUCCCUCGUCCAGUCCAUCCUCGCCGCCUCCUCCUCCAACCUUAACCGCUCCAAUGCCGCCCGCAACUGCCUCGAGCACCUCUCCCUCUCCGACCGCCGCCUCGCCGCCGCCUCCGCCGCCCUCCCCCGCGGCCGCGCUGCCGACGCCCGUGCCUGGACCAGCGCCGCGCUCCUCUACCAGUACGACUGCAACAACAGCCUCAGCUACGUCAGUGGCACCCGCCUCGUCGCCGAUGCCAUGGCCUUCCUCUCCUCCCUCUACGACCUCACCAGCAACGCCCUCUCCCUCAUCGCCGCCCGCCAGCGCUUCGGCGACGACCUGUCCCUCUGGUCCCCGCCCCAGACCGAGCGCGACGGCUACUGGGGCGAUCCCGCCGCAGCGGUGGGUCGCCGAUCCGCAUCCCGGAUCGCCGGAUUGCUCUCCGAUCUGCAGACAGACGCCACCGUGUGCCGGAUCGGCGACUGCAACUACCGGACGGUCCAGGACGCGGUCGCCGCCGCGCCGGACUUCGGAGCCGGCCGGUUCGUGAUCCGGAUCAAGACCGGAAUCUACAAGGAAACCGUUCGGAUACCCUUCGAGAAGACCAACGUCGUCCUCAUCGGCGACGGCAUAGGCGCCACCGUGAUCACCGGCGCCCUCAACGUCCAGAUGCCGGGCGUCUGGACCUACAACACCGCCACCGUCGGCGUCCUCGGCGACGGCUUCAUGGCGCGCGACCUCACCAUCGAGAACACCGCCGGCGCGGGGGCGCACCAGGCAGUGGCGCUCCGGUUGGACAGCGACCACUCCGUCCUCGACACCGUCGAGCUCCGCGGCCACCAGGAUACUCUCUACGCGCGGUCCCUCCGGCAGCUGUACCGCCGCUGCCGGAUCUCCGGCACCGUCGAUUUCGUCUUCGGCAACGCCGCCGCCGUGUUCGACGAAUGUCUCCUCGAGGUGGUGACGCGGGCGGAGGGGCCAGGGAAGUCCGGUAGCGACGCCGUGACGGCGCAGGGACGGACGGACCCGGCGCAGGCGACGGGUUUCGUGUUUCGCCGUUGCGCUGUUAACGGGAGCGAGGAGUUCUUGACAGCGUUUAGGAGGAAGCCGAAGGCGAAUAGGGUUUUUCUGGGGCGGCCGUGGAAGGAGUACGCGAGGGUGGUGUUCAUAGAGACUUAUUUAGGGGAAGUGGUGAGUCCGGAAGGAUGGCUCCGAUGGAGAGGGGAGUUCGCGCUUGAUACAUUAUUCUAUGGGGAGUAUGGGAGCUACGGGCCCGGCGCUAAUAAUACUUCUAGGGUGAAGUGGAGUUCUCAAAUACCAGCAAUCCAUUUGGUGGUGUACUCGGUGGAGAAUUUCAUUCAAGGGAAUGAGUGGAUUCCCUCCGACCAGUAGGAUGGUUGCUGAUGUCUGAAGAAAUGGAUUUUUAUUUGCAUGGUUUGCUUCUUAUACUCACUUUGUUGAGGACCUUAGUGGCUGUCUUAGUUUAUUUGGCCAGGUGGGUCUGAGUGUGGGGUUGUGGUACGGUGGAGGUUAAUUGCUGUACAUAACAAAUUUGUGCGGUUUUAAGAAGAUUUUGUGAGCUUUCCUCAUGGAUGAAAUACUGGUUCAUCAUAAGUUGAGUUUGUUCUUUUGUUAUUGGAUUGUUGUUCAGAAUAGCAAGAUUGCAUGGCAGUCCUCACGAUGCGGGUCCCCGUUCCCCAUUUUUUGAUGCUGGGAUGCAGAGAAGGUUUUUCAUAUAUAAGAGUGUAAUUCUGAGGCCACAUUUUAUUAUAAGUUGAGAUGAAAAACAAA